CCUCGCGGGCCCCAAGGCUCUGUUGGCUUGGAGGGAGAGCAAGGAGAGCAAGGUGAUAUUGGGCCAGCCGGCAAACAAGGUGACAAAGGAGUUAUAGGCCCAGAGCCAAGUGACUGUGAACUUGGCCAUAGAGGUGAACAGGGUUCUAUUGGACGCUUUGGAAUUUUGGGCAUUAAAGGUAUAAAGGGAGACAAAGGUACUCCAGGAAAGCGAGGUCCUAAAGGAGAAUUAGGUGCAGAAGCCAUUGGAGAAGAGGGCAUGACGGGUGAGCCUGGCAUCAGAGGGGACCAUGGCGAUCAAGGUAAGACCAGUAUUUUAGUUCGCUUUUAUAAUACUAUGCUAUUUUUUCCUCAUAUAUUACGCGAACAUUGA